CCCCGUCCCCUUCCUUCUCCCCUCUUCCGUUGCCGGUGCGUCCGCGUCCCUGUCUCCCCCUCCCCCGGCGACCGAUCGGGAGGGGAGCGGAGCGGGAUGGCCUCCCAUCCCCCCAACCCUGCCGACGCCGGCGACCCCGCAGGAAAUAAUGCUGAGCUGCCAUCUCUGCCCUUUCAUGUUGUCACAAAACCUAGUCAGCUUCCAAUUGAGUUUCUCGAGCCCUCUGCUGCCAAGAGGUUGGUGAUUGGAUUUGACUGUGAGGGUGUUGAUCUUUGCCGCCAUGGUGCUCUCUGUGUCAUGCAGAUUGCAUUUCCUGAUGCUGUUUACUUGGUCGAUGCUAUCGAGGGUGGAAAAGAACUAGUUGAAGCUUGCAAACCAGCACUUGAGUCAGAUUAUAUCACCAAAGUUAUUCAUGACUGUAAAAGGGACAGUGAGGCACUGUAUUUCCAGUUCGGCAUUAAAUUGCACAAUGUUAUGGAUACACAGAUCGCCUAUUCUCUGAUAGAAGAGCAGGAAGGGAAAAAGAGAGCAUAUGAUGUUUACAUAUCUUUCGUGAGCCUUCUUGCUGAUCCUCGUUAUUGUGGAAUGCCAUAUCCUGAAAAGGAAGAAGUCCGUACUCUUCUAAGGCAGGACCCAAACUUCUGGAAAUGUAGGCCCUUGUCUGAAAUGAUGAUUCGAGCAGCCACAGAUGAUGUGCGCUUCCUUCUGAAUAUACAUGAGAAAAUGAUGGAGAAAUUAAGCAAAGUAUCUUUAUGGCGUCUGGCAGUUCGAAGUGAGCUAUACUGUAGGUGCUUUUGCAUAAAUGACAACGAGCAGGCAGAUUGGCCACCACUUCCUACUAUCCCAGAUGACAUUGAAGCUGAAGUUCAUGUUCCUGAAGUGGAUAUCCUUUCGCUCUUAAAUGUGCCUCCUGGGAAAAUGGGACGUGUUAUUGGCAGAAAAGGAUCAUCAAUAAUGGCUGUGAAAGAAUCUUGCAAUGUUGAAAUCCAUAUUGGUGGUUCAAAGGGGCCUCCAGAUAGGGUUUUCAUCAUUGGACCAGUGAAGGAAGUCAGAAAGGCGGAGGCUAUCCUGAGGGGCCGAAUGCUGGAAUUCUAGACAAACUUGUUCUGUGAUAUAGGAUUCCGCUGCUCUAUCUUGUAAAAACAAACAUGAUACAGAACUGCAUGUGGUACUCUACCUUCUGGAUCUCUGAACCUUUGACAAAAUGAAAUAAGAGUUGAAGGCA